AUGCUUGCAGUAGCAAAGACCGGGCGUGCAUCGCGAUCGGCUAAACGCCUGACCACCCCGAUAGCAUUCGCCAUCCGUCUGAAGGUCAAGGCAUACAGCACGGUAGCGGACGUCCCUGUAUCGAAGAAGUCGAAGGUCUAUAACUCCGUGGACGAAGCUGUUAAGGAUGUCAAGUCGGGGGAUGUUUUGCUCAGUGGAGGGUUUGGAUUAUGUGGUACACCCGAUAGCCUGAUUGGAGCGUUGGCGAAGAGAUCCGAUGUAACGAACUUGACUGCGGUAUCCAACAACUGUGGUUCGGGGGAGCUAGGCCUCGGCAAACUUCUCCAUAAUGGCCAGAUUGAUAAAAUGAUGGCUUCUUAUAUUGGAGGCAACAAGUAUUUUGAAUCCUUAUACUUGAAUGGGAAAAUUUCUCUUGAGCUAAUACCGCAGGGCUCCUUGGUGGGACGUCUCAAUGCACACGCGGCAGGCAUCCCCAUGUUCUUUACGCCUACCGGAGCCUCGACAGCAGUAGAGGAAGGUUCAAUACCUAUUCGAUACAAUGAUGGCGGUUUCUCGAAGGGUGUCGCAGUCCCAGGCAACAAGAAAGAAGCGCGAGUUAUCAAUGGACGACGAUUCAUCCUUGAGCCAUCAAUUGUUGGAGACGUUGCAUUCAUUAGAGCAUGGAAAGUCGAUGAAGUCGGUAACUGUGUGUUCAGGUACACCGCAAACAACUUCUCAGCAACAAUGGCCAGAAAUGCUAAGCUCACCAUUGUCGAGGCCGAAAACAUCGUACCCGUUGGCUCGAUUUCGCCAAACGCGAUACAUGUUCCCGGCAUCUAUGUGGAUCGCAUCGUGGAAGCUACGACACCCAAGCAAAUCGAGAUUACAACAAUGGCCUCUAGUACUAAGUCUGAAGACGCCGCGCCCUUGACACCGGAGAAGAAGGUCGCACAAGAGCAGAGACAUCGGAUAGCCAAGCGCGCAGCGAGGGAGAUCAAAGAUGGAUUCCACGUUAACCUGGGUAUUGGAAUGCCCACUCUUGUACCUGAGUUCCUUGCGCCAGGCGUGCGUGUAUGGCUUCAAAGCGAGAAUGGUAUUCUUGGCAUGGGCCCUUACCCGACACAUGAGCAACUAGACGCUGACAUUAUCAAUGCCGGCAAGGAGACUGUCACCUUGCUGCCCGGGGCCUCCGUGUUUGAUUCCAACGAGUCAUUCUCGAUGAUCAGAGGAGGCCACAUUGACAUCGCGAUUCUUGGAGCGAUGCAAGUAUCCCAAGCAGGUGACAUCGCCAAUUUUAUGAUUCCCGGCAAGAUGGUGAAGGGAAUUGGAGGAGCCAUGGACCUUGUCUCUAACCCCGACAAGACCAAGGUUAUCGCCGUGAUGGAGCAUUGCGCGAGGGACGGUAGCCCGAAGAUUCUACAAGAAUGUGAACUGCCGCUGACAGGGGCGAGAGCUGUCAGCCAAAUCAUCACCGAGCUUGCCGUAUUCGACGUGGAUCGUAAUGGGGGAAAGCUGACGUUGACGGAGGUCCAAGAGGGUGUGACGGUAGACGAGGUGAAGGCAAAGACCGGGUGUGAAUUCCAGGUUGCAGAUAACCUUGGGACGAUGUGA